AUGUCUAGCUCCACUGAAGGCUCCGCCGUACCCGCCUCCGCAAAAGGCUCGUGGUCAAGUUUCCUUAAGUCUAUUGCGUCUUUCAACGGCGACCUGUCUUCCCUCACAGCCCCCGCAUUCAUACUCUCCAGUACCUCGCUGGUUGAAUUCUCCACCUACUGGGCCGAACAUCCUUCCAUAUUCAUAGCCCCUGCAGCAGAGAAAGACCCCGCCAAACGGGCACUUCUGGUCCUAAAAUGGUUCCUGAGCACUUUAAAGCAGCAAUACAGCACCCGUAACGAAAAGCUUGGAAGCGAGAAGAAGCCGUUGAAUCCCUUCUUGGGGGAGCUCUUCUUGGGUAGAUGGGUGGAUGGGGCUGGAGAGACUCAACUCGUGAGCGAACAAGUCAGCCAUCACCCUCCAGUAACGGCGUACUGUAUCUGGAACAGUGAGCACGGCGUUCGUCUUCAAGGAUACAAUGGACAGAAGGCGUCCUUUUCCAGUAUGACAAUCAAUGUCAAGCAAAUUGGGCAUGCGAUCCUGCACAUAGACGAAUUUGACGAGGACUAUUUGAUAACAUUGCCUCCACUCCAUAUCGAAGGACUUUACAGUGGCGCACCGUUUGUAGAGCUGAAUGGUGACACGUACAUCACCUCGACGAGCGGUUACACCUCGAGGAUAAAAUACAGCGGGCGUGGUUGGGUGUCUGGGAAGAAGAACUCAUUCAACGCCAGUCUCUACCAUGACGGUAAAGAGAAGGAACCUCUUUACACGGUCGAUGGACAGUGGACUGGUUCCUUCAGCAUCAAGGACACGAAAACAAAAGCUACUCUAGACACGUACGAUGCCGCCAAAUCCAAGACGACAUCCCUGACAAUUGCUCCUGUUGACGAGCAAGACCCGUUGGAGUCACGGAGAGCCUGGCAGAAAGUCGCAGCAGCCAUUCAGAAAGGAGAUAUGGAUGCGACAUCACGAGAGAAGACGGUGAUUGAGCAGAGUCAAAGGGAGCUCCGGAAUAAAGAAAAGGCAGAAGGGAAAGAAUGGAACCGUCGAUUCUUUGUGAAGACAGACUCGCAUGCCACGUUGGAGAAGCUCGCGAAGAAGCUCGGCGUUUCUGUUGACGGAGACAAAACUAACGGGGUUUGGACGUUCAGUUCUGAGAAGGCAAGCGUUGCCAAAUAG